GGCGGGGGCGAAGCCGCGGCCGGGAAGCGGGGCUCAGACGCCGCGUGGUGCAGUUGUUGCUGGUCCCCGGCCUGCUGGCCACCCCCACUGUCACCCUGGCGCUGCGUUGCUUGGAUGGCGUCUUCCUUUCCCCCAGUGAGAAUGACUUUGUGUGCAAGGUCGCUGAAGAACUGGACCAUUUUCUGCUCCAAAACCAGCAUGAGAAAGUUCUCUUGUUCCCCCCCUUGUCCAGCCGCCUCAGGUACCUGAUCCACAGGACCGUGGACAAUGUCGAUUUGUUAAGCAGCUUUUCUGUUGGGGAAGGAUGGAAGAGGAGGACUGUUAUAUGUCACUCAGUCAUAAGGUUGCCCGAGGAGCCUGGUGAUCAGAACAGUUCCUGCAGCAACAUGGCGAGAUCCCACCGCCCUCUCCAGUCAAGAAGCAGGGGAGGCAGAGCCACAGGGCCGCGCCACGCGGAGAUGCCUGCCGAUGGCUCUCGAAUCAACAGAGGUAUCGGCAGGGCGAGGCGACAGCCCCGGAGGAAGCCAGAUAAAGCUUUGUAUGUUCCCAGAGUAGUGCGCGAAAAACUGGAGGAGUUGAGAAAUGAAAGCCUGGCAGGAGAUGGAGCUGAGUUAGAUGACGAUGAUGUACGAGAGAUAGGGAGCUGCAUUGAAAGUGCAACUGAUGGGACCCUAGAGGAGUUAGAUAACUUUGAGGCCACUACAAAUUCCAGCAGGGCAGCAAGUCAUCUUGAUCCAGUCCCUGGCAAGGAACUUCCUGAGGUCCAGGGCCCUGAAGAGGCAUAUGAAGAUCAUAUUGUGGGUGAAAUCGGUGGUGAUAAAGGUAACAAGUGUCCAGUGGACUGUUCAGAUGUGUCUGUGUUGGAGUGUGCCAGGAACCUAUCCGUAUUAGAAGGCCGGGAUAAAGGCUGUUCAGAUGCCCCUGUAAUGGAGUGUAUCAAAACCCUAUCCCAACAUGAAGACCAGGAUAAUAGCAGUACAGAUGCCACUGUAUUGGAGUGUAGCAAAAACCUGCACCAAAUAGAAGAUCAAGAUAAAGAUGCCAUGGAUGCCAGUGUAUUGGAGUGUAAUGAAAACUUACUGGUCCUGGAAAACCAGGAUGAAGGCUCUAUGAAUGCCACUCUAUCAGAGUGCUACAAAGACCUAUCCCUACCAGAAGACCAGAAUAAGGGGUCUGUGGAUGCCUCCAUAUUGGAACAAAGCAAGAAUUCUUCAGUACUUGAAAACCAGGAUGAGGGCUGUACAGACACCAUUGUGUUGGAGCGUAGCCAAAACCCAAGUCUCCCAGAAAACCAGAAUCAAAGAUGCAUGGAUGCCCCUGGAAUGGAAUAUGGUAAAAAAUCAUCUGUACUGGCAGACCAGGAUACGCACUGCGUGGAUACCUCUGCACUGGAUCGUGCCCAAAAGGUAUUGCUACCAGAAGAUCAGGAUGAGGACUGUACAGUCCUGGCGGGCAGACUGUGGUGUGGCUUGGAGUUGCCUGCAGAGGAUAGAGGCACCGAAAACCCUGCAGCGAAUGAGCAGAGCAGCGUAGAGGAUGACUGUGGUGCUGAACUCUUGCAAGAGAUUGCAACUUAUUUGACUGUAAAGGACAUUAGCAUCGAGAAGAUCCAGUUCGAUUAUUCCAGCUACGGGGAUGCACAGAUCAAUGAGGGAGAUUUUGGACAUGUUAUAGAGAUCUACGAUUUCUUGCCAUCCCUGAAAACGGAGCAUCUGAUGGAAGCAUUUUCAGAGUUCCACAAGAGUGGUUUCAAAAUUCAGUGGGUCGAUGACACUCAUGCCCUGGGUAUCUUUUCCAGUCUGGCAGCCGCAUCUCAGGCCUUGGGACAGAGUUAUCCUUCUCUAAAGAUCCGAUCCUUGAUCCAGGGGACAAGACAGUCUAAAACCAAGGCACUUCAACGACCAAAGCUCCUUCAGCUGGCUAAAGAGAGACCCCAGACUGACACUGCAGUGGCUAGAAGGCUGGUGACAAGGGCUCUGGGUUUGCAGCACAAAAAGCAGAGAGUCUCAGGUGGUGACAUGCUCCAGCCCGAGAACUUGGAGCUGGAAAAGUAAAGCAACUCAGAGCCGAAGACGAGCUUUGAAGGAGCGGGGGUGGGAUAGUGAACUGCAUGCAGAACAGUGAGUUGCCAUUAGGACAUUUUGUGGAGUUUUUUUAAAAUGGGUGAAGGGAACAAGUUUACUGUUGUUGCUAUUGAACUCCCUUGUUGCAUUCUGGGGAAUGGGCCAUCUAGUUUUUCAAAUUAUGCCUCACUAAUCCAGGGUACAGAGGCCACUGUAGAUUAGCUCUUUACUAUGGAGAGCAUCUUAUCUUGUUCCCCAGCUGUUUAUCAACACCCUGCCAAAGCAGCUCAUAGCCACUGUGGCAUGAUUGGUAGUCUCCACUGAUGGGCUGUGAUAGGUACAACAGCAAAGCCUCCUUGAUCUAAGCACUACCUUCUUUUAAAAUGUAUCAAGCCUUUAGUAGGAGCUGCCCUGCAUUGGAGGUUGUGGGAGGGAAGACCUUUGGCCUUGAUGGUAAGCAAGAAACACAGAGCAACACAUUUGCAGGAGUCAAUAGCUGUUUAAUGGUUGAUGAUGUUUGUUUAAAAUAAAGUUAUACCACAAAACUGAUAAGCAGCAAAUGCAUGUGGCAGCAUCAGGUUUUUUUGAUACCCAGUAUGUAAUAAGCAUGCUCAGGUUUGUGAUGGUGCAAUAUUUCAAGAAGCGAGCAUUCUUAUCCCCUGAUUAGAGGGGACAUCUGCUUCAGAGUUGUAGCACCUGAUCCUGAGAGAAUGCUGCAAGACUCCCACUACAGGAGCCCAGGCCUUUAGUAAAGUCUCACCUCCUAUGAACAAAAUGGAGCUUUCCAGAUUUCUGUAGGUGCAAAAUGUUUGCCAGAUUCCUCUCUCUAAGCGGAGAGGAAUAACUUAGUAUUUAUUAGCUACAUACUUGCAAGGGUCUUAGCAGGCAUUCCUUACACCUCACAACACCCCUGUGAGGUAGGUUAGAGCAGAAAUGAGGUUAAAGGGACACAUCCAGCUUCAAUCACACUUUGGACUGAAAUGUUCUCUCUUAUUACACACCUAACAACAUUAGCAUAACUAAGAAAGUGAUUUUCUACUUUGCAUCUUUCAGCAAACAGAAAGGGAGAGGAGCUUUUCUUAGAACUAGGGCAUGGGAUUAAGGCCUCAAAAAAGGGUGACAGCAGCAUAUGUAAUACCAGCCCAUGCUCUUAUUUAAGAAUUGACUACAGCUCAGGUUUGUUGAGGUCCCUUUACUUGGUUUGCUGACUCAGAAGGCAGGUGUCCUGACUCCCACUCCCUUGCCGUAGCCACAAGGAGAGGGGUGAAAGAACUAAACUUCCAGGUCAGUCAAUGAACAUACACAAAAAUGGCAUAGAAAACUCUUUUCUGGGCAAAGUCGAUUUUUAUUCAAGUAGGUGUGUGUCUGAAGACAUGUAGCAAUGUGCGUCCUCAAACAAACAGAGGAACACACUUAGCACCAUUAUGCAUUUACCAAAGUGUAAUUUUUUUUAAAAAAUCGCUUACACAGGUGGUCUGACAUAAUGCAAGAUCCAGAUCCCUGAUAGUAAUCUUUGUAAAAGUAUAUUGAUGAUACAAUGAUUAACUAUAUUCAUUCUUUAAAGAAAAGGCACAGAUGUAAUAUCUAGCUUAAAGGUGUUGGAAGGAAAUAGACAUACAUAAAAUCAUUUGGGAGAACAGCUUAGUGUGCAACAGAAAUCCUGUUUAGUCUCCCAACACAAGGAUGUGUACUAAAUAAUGGAACUUUCCCAGGUCUAAAUUGUAAAAUUGACUUGUAGCUUUGUGGAGUUCUGGUAAUUACCACAGUGCAAACUAGUCCUGCUUUAGAUGUUCCUUUUAAAGAUCAUGAUGUGAGUAGAGCAUCUGAAAUGAAGUUAUGUCACAAUAUUAAAUUACACUUUGCACCUUCCUGUUCUCAGGAAGGCUGCUCCAGUUUUCCUUAGCUAUGUGCUAAAUUGGGUAUUUUCAUGGCAGUACUGAGAAUGAGUUGGAUUUAAAUACCUUUAGAAAAGCUAUGUCACAAAUGUCCGUUUUCGCAUCAGUGGUGUGUGUUCAGACUCAAAUCAAAGCGUAAAGAUGCUGAGACAGGAGCAAGGCAGCUGAGAGGGAAGUAUGUUUAAACACUGUCAAUAGUAGGGACACAGGUAGGUUGUCCUCACCCAAAGGAAACCACCACCAUCUCUGUGGUCUGCUCACUGCAGCAUGGACCUGUGCAGAUGAACAAGGUGGGAAGGAGUCUUCAGUGAACAGGUUAGACUGGAUGGAUGUGAAGCCCUAGUUGCAGGGACAUAGGGGCCUAGUGGAAUUAAACUCUGGUCCCAAAUCAUCCUAAUAUUAGGAGUGAGAAGUUAAAAAGCGAAUUCUGUUUCCUAGUGUACUGAGCACCUGAAAUGGGUAUGGAGGGUAUCGCUGAGAAUAACUUACAAUGCUAAUUUAAAAGUUCAUGGUUGUUUACUUGGUUUCUUUUUCUGUGCAGUGGUUAGGGAAGUCGCAAACAGGCAUCCCUGCUUCCUUAAAUAGUGGGUGGGAGGCCAGCAGCUCUACCGCUUGGACACUUGGUUAUUUGUGAGUCCGCUGAAGUGAUCAAACUUCUGUUCCAUUUCUUGGCCUAAAGAGUCACCUGUGAGAGGCAGAGAGAACAAGG